AUGUCGACGCGAAGAGGAAGAGGACGCCCUGGAAGCUCGAACCCAGACUUCCUUUGGGUCAACCGGACCCCAGACUCGGAGAGACUCUCUGCGACCCGACAAGAACGGGAUGAACUUCGAACUAUUACUAGCCAUGCCCGUCAAUGGCGCGCUGCACUGCGUCGCCAGCAGAGGCUCUACAGCGCCCAGACUGAGGCUACUCACGCACAAAGCAUUGUGGGCUGGGGAAGGCAAGGCACGCUCUCGGAGACGAGCUCAGCCGAGACCUCAGCGGCGCCCUCACCUGCUGCAAUGACACACAUCACGGGGAACUCUACUGAUCCGUUCACCUACCUGGAGUCGCCAGACGAUGCGUGGUGGUCGCACAAUGCAUUUCGAUACGCGGUUGAGUCGUGGCUGCCGUCGGUAUUUCAAGGCUUGGGCGUGUUGGACGAGGAAUUACCUACCUCCGAGUCCUGUCUUGCCACCAUCGAUCGACUCGUGCAGGGCUGCCUUGCCAGCAGGAUGCACAUGUUCUCGUUGCUCGCCGCGAGCACGGGGUUUCUGAAGUACGUCUUGAGACUCCAGCUGGACCGAUACGACUCCCCGGAAUACUGCAUGGGCAAGGCUCUUCAGUAUCUGCGGCACCAUUUAGCCAGCGCUCCACAGGCCAACGAGAGUCUGAUAUUCGACCUCAAAGCGCUCUCGACAUUCGAACGCUACGUGAACAACUUUGAGGGAGCUAGAACGCAUCUACGAAUGUGUCAACACCUGGUUCAGUCACUCGGAGGCCCCGAGAUUCUGGAACCGCCCUUACGGCUUGUAUGCUGGCUUUGGGAUCUGCUGGUUGCCGGCGGCACUGGCGAGACUCCUUUGAUGCCUCUUACUUGGGAUCCCGGUCUGCUUCCACGCCAGCAAAUGCGGGACGAAAUCCUUCCUAUUCUAGCCCAGAGUGGCGUCAUCCCCAGUGGUUCUGGUCUUAUUCAGUAUGGGUCGCUGGUGCAGCCUGACUUGUCACCUAUCCUCUCCGACAUCAUACAGUGGUUUCAGGUGCAGCAGUACAAUCGUAUUCACAAUUUCAGCCGAUCGCCCAUCGAGCAAUGGGCCACGAAGCGAGCACACGCCAUUGUCCACCGUCUACUUUCCAUGGGUCCUGCUUCGCCGAGUGACAGGUUGCAGGGUUUGCUGUCGGAGUGUAUCAAGCAGAGCUUCCUGAUCAUUCUAGCGGACGCAGAAGAAGCGAGGCAAUCCCGAGCUCAGACCGACUCCUACAGAGACCCGACCAAUUACUCCUGGUCUGACGUUGGUCGCCUUCGGCAGGCGCUCAGCGCGCUCGUGCAGUCGGACGAAAACUGGCAGGAAAGACACGAGGAAAUCGUCCUUUGGAUGGCGUGUUUAGGUGUCCAGACAGCAUCGACCACCGCAUCCGGGCCAAACGUGCCCGCAACGCAGUCAGCAGCAGCAGCGUCAUCACCCAGCGAAGAGGCCAGCCCUCGGGAGUGGUUCCUCGGGGUAGCAAGGCAGCUGUUCUUCGAGUGGCGGAGCCGGACUGUAACAUUGUCUUCGCCUGCUCCUGCAGGAAGUGACGACCUGGUGCAACUCAUGAGCCGCUACCUCCAUCGCUGCGAACCGUCUGGGCAGCCAGAUAUCGUGGGGCUCGAAGAAGUGCUUUCUCCGUGA